UGUGCGGCGCCUCCCGCCCCCCCCCUUCCUCUCCCCCGGCUGCCGCCAUUCCAGCUGCCUUUCCCGGGCUGAGGCGCGGGCCGAGCGGCGGGUAUGGGCAGCGCGGGAUCACUGACUGGCCAACGGCAGAGCUCAGGCUGCUGCUGCUGCUGUGAGGGGGCAGAGGGAGAGAGGAAGCUCCGGGGCACACGGCUCCCCCGACACCUGCUGCUCCCAGCACUCUAUGGCCACAGCCGGCGCUGUGCGCUGACAGGUGUCCCGGGUAGCAGCACGCACUCACUGACUACCGCCACACUACUUUCUACUACGCAUCAUCUGCUGUGCUGCGGGCACGUCCUGUAGCUGCAUCUGCUGCUGGGGCUCCCUCCCUGUGUGUCCCGUCCUCAUCCCGCAAACUGUGCUACGUGUGAGAUUCCGGCGGCCGGGGACACGGCACUUGUCACUGGCAGCAGGUGCCCGGCGGCUUAUGCCCGUCACUGUGUGUGCCUGUAAGGUGUAUGAUCACAUGUAGUGCACCUGCCUCAGGGUCCCCGGGCAGGGGUGACAGCGGUAUGAGCCGCCCCGCACAUCACUGACAUCAGCAGCGGAGGGAACUAUCGUUCUUCCCGGGCACUAAGGACAGGCUGCUGGGGAGGGGGUGACACAGGCAGCAGGAGCGGGGAUGGAGGGCAGAUCAUGACUGCCGCUGCUGCCCCGCUACUAGCAGUACUAGCGACCCCGCAGCCGCCGCCGCCGCCAGGGGAGAGGAGGGCGGUGUGCGCAUGCGCCGGGCUGGACAGCUCCUGAGAGGGAAAUUUAAAAACGGUUUGGGACCGCAUAGACAUCACAUUACAUACAAAGGAGGAGAGAGCAGCCGCGGCCGGGACACCGGGAUCCGCUCACACCCCGCACACAGGCACCUGCUGCUGCCCUCAGAUAAGGAUAUACCGGCCUGCCUAGGACUACUAGGAGAUGAUAGACAGUGACAUCUCAGGAAUUAUGUCUGGAAUUAUCAGGACAUCAGAACAAAAUCACCCGCCAAGCCAAGAAUACAGGCUUGUGACCUCCGACCCUUCCCAAUUGCGAGAUGAUCUUCCAAAUGACUUACAGUCUCUGUCAUGGCUGACCUCUGUGGAUGUGCCCAGGUUACAGCAAAUGACUAGUGUUAGGAUGGAGUACACUAUUCCUUCACAGAACUCAGUCAUCCAGCAGCCAGGUCAGAUAUCAAAUACCGUACCUGGACAAAUGAUUCAUAUACCAACAAGCAUGCAGCAAGGAAUUCUGGAUCUUAACAGCAUGAAUUCACAUGGACCUAAUGUUAGCCAGUACAGUAUGGGAGGACAUCUGUCUCCAAGCCUACAGUCCCAGCAGUCUAUGUAUCAGUCUCAUACCCAGCAAAUCUAUGCAUUAUCUCAGGGACCUCAGCAGUGUUCUGCAGCUGGGAUAUUUGGUAAUACCUACAGAGCACAGCCUCCAUACUCUCAGGCACGCCUGGCAGUUCACCCUACGCAGGACUUGCACCCAAAGAACUAUCCUAAACCUAUCUACUCAUACAGCUGCCUUAUUGCAAUGGCCUUAAAGAACAGCAAAAAUGGCAGUCUGCCUGUCAGCGAGAUCUACAGCUUCAUGAAGGAACAUUUCCCAUAUUUCAAGACAGCACCAGACGGCUGGAAGAACUCAGUCCGGCAUAAUCUGUCCCUAAACAAAUGCUUUGAAAAGGUGGAGAACAAAUUGAGUGGAUCUUCACGCAAAGGAUGUCUGUGGGCAUUGAACCCUGCAAAGAUCGAGAAAAUGGAAGAGGAGAUGCAGAAGUGGAAGCGGAAAGAUCUGCCAGCCAUUCGCAGGAGCAUGGCUAAUCCAGAUGAACUUGAUAAACUGAUUAUGGACAGACCUGAAAACUGUAAAGCUCCAAGUAAGCUGCCAACCUCGGAAACUACAACAAUGACAACUUUUGGGAGUGCCCCAGGAAGAGUUCCUAUCACCCAUCUGCAGCCACACCCCGUCAUGACCUUGUCUUUACAGUCAAUACCAUUACACCAUCAAAUUCAGACUCAGGCCAGGAUUGCAUCAAGCUCUCCUGCCCCAGCCCAAAGCCCUCCUCUCCACGUGGUUCCAGAAAUGACCCAAAGCCCAUUGCACCAGCAUAUCAUAGGCAGGACGGCCUCUGACUUUCUCAGCCUUACCUCAGACAUGAGCACAGAAGUGGAUUCCCUUGACCCUAGUAUCAUGGAUUUCGCUUUACAAGGUAAUAUCUGGGAAGACAUGAAGGAUGAAAGUUUCAAUCUGGACACAUUUGCAGCCUUCAGCAAUUCCCCUCUCCAGCUGUCAGAUUGUGAUUUGGGUUCCAUUGGCCUUACACAAGUGUCUAGUAGCAGUGACCAUUCCUUUACAGACUUUCAAGUCACCAGCUUAUAUACCACAUAUGCCAAUAUGGACAAUGUGACCAGCUCCCAGUGUGUGACAGGAGCGGGCAAUAAGCCUAUAGCUUUGUUAUAGAGCUACUACAGACCACAUAGGCACAAAACCAAAACUGCAAGGACUAGAAGUGAACACAUUCUACAUUUUGUUUAUACUUUCCCUAAUAACAUUUCUUCUUUGUUAUGUAAUAAUGAGGAAGUGUAGCGUAUUGGAUGUAGAGAAUUCCUUUCUUCUUCUUUUUUAAUUUUGGGAACACUUAUUAUUUGCCGUGAGAGAACCAUGCUACAACUGAAGCUGUUUCAGGAUCACCUACUGGCCAUACUCAGCACCCAGACUUCCAAUGCGAUGAUUAAACCUACACUGAACUUCAACUUAUUAAAUGUUGCCAGUUAAACUGACGGAACUACUGUAAGAUGUCAAUAGCACUAUAAUUGAUCUGAUUGUUUUAGAUUUGUGUUAAAAGACCCAUGACAUACAUUGCAGAGCAAUUGUGAGUCAUAGGUGGCAGUGAAAGAUGUGAUAUUAUGGGACACUAUCACAGCUACCACUACAAGUACUAUGUGUCAAACUUCAAUAUUUGUCAUCCAUAAACCUGUAAAAGUUUCGACAUCUGGGAUCACUGUCAAUUCUAACAUGUCUCUUAUCGGUAUUUCUUUUUCCAAUUGCAUUCCAAGAGACAUACAUUAUUCAUCAAACCCAACCCAGCAGACCUUAAAAGUAACUGUAAUUACACAUCUUUCCAGAGGGCAUUGUUACAAAACAGCAGGGUUUGCACAGUUUGUUUACUUAUACUUUCUCUCUUUUUGUUUAUUGGUUCCUAAUUAAGGGGCAGUUAUAGUCAAAGAAAAAGGCUAUUACUAUGUAGUCACUGAAAGGGCUUUCUUUAAGAGGUAUAUAUAUACCCCUCUAGGCGCAUCAGGUCCUGUGAGACUCUGCUAGGGUUAGUGGCUUCUUUGCAUCUUUGCCAAAAAUGAGUCUUACUCGCAAUGCAAUAGAGACUCUGCUGAUUCAUUUGAUCUGUGUGAGACUUGUAUAUCUGUGUGAGACUUGAGUUUCUGAAUCUAUAUACAAAGUACUAUAUUGUAGCAGCCACAGCUUUUUUCCAUACCAAGUUCCGUUGUGCUUCAUAUACAGACUCAGUCACACGCAGAUAUACAAAUGUCACAAAUCAAUCAGCACAGUCUGCUGGUGCGUUGUACCCAAUUACAUUCUUCUUAUCAUACAUUUAGUAAUUAAUAUAAUUUGACAUUUUAAUUUUCCAUAAACCAAAUGAAGAAACAAAGUCUUAAUAUUAAUAUUUUAAUCAUUGCUUUUUAUAAGUUUUAUGUGCAAAAAUCUGUUAAGGCCUGGGUACUUUUGCCUGAAGCUUUUUACACUGACCUGUUUUGCAUUCUUUGCUAAAUCACUGUACAAAAUGUAUUUACCAACUGUUCAGCCUCAUUUGUAGGUUAGUAGAAUAGGAUGUGUUUUUACAUGUUUUUUUAUGUGUCAUAAUAUUGUAAUAGGCAGUAUUAUAUGUAAAUUUAUUUAUAUUUAUUCAUUUGAACAUGACUGUAAAUUAAGCAGUUCAUUAUUUCUGUGAA